UAUCUUUUUUUCAAUAUUUCAAGAUAAAAAAACAAAGUCAAAUGCGCCACUGAAAAUAUAUAGAGGGAGUGGGGGAACUGAAUGAAUGAAUUCAACAACAGUGCAAGAUCGGAUAGAUAGAAAUGGGGAGGGCGGCUGUCGUCUUCUUCCUAAUAAUUCAAAUUACUGUUCCGAAUCUGUUCGCCGCCGCCGCCGAAGCCGCUUCUGGUUCGCCGGUGAAGUUUCUUCCGGGCUUCGAUGGCGGCCCUCUUCCUUUUCAACUCCAAACUGGGUAUAUUGGAGUGGGAGAUGAAGAACAAGUGCAACUUUUUUAUUACUUUAUAGAGUCGGAAUCAAAUCCGAAAGAGGACCCUCUCAUUCUUUGGAUCUCGGGAGGCCCUGGCUGUUCUCCCCUGCGCGCUAUCAUUCAAGAAAUUGGACCAUUGCUUAUUGAACCAGUGGAGUAUGAUGGGAGUUUGCCCAGGUUACUGCCAUUCCCUUAUUCUUGGACAAAGGUUGCUAGCAUUAUAUUUCUGGAUUUACCAGUUGGGACUGGAUUUUCUUAUGCUACAACUUCAACUGCCCUCCAUUCCGAUGAUUUGUUGAUGGGUGCCAAUGCAUAUGAAUUUCUUCAAAAGUGGUUAGUAGAGAAUCCAGAGUUUCUUGCAAAUCCUUUCUAUGUUGGUGGCGAUUCCUACGCCGGCAUCACAGUUCCAAUCGUUACUGAAAUCAUAUCCAAUGGAAACGACAGAGGAAUUAAGCCAUUUGUUCAACUUCAGGGGUACAUACUUGGUAAUCCUACAACCUCUCUAGCUGACUUCAACAACAGAAUACCAUUUGCUCAUAGAUUGGCACUCAUCUCUGACGAGUUAUACCAAGGGCUAAAAAGAGAUUGCAAAGGAGAGUAUUAUUUGGACACUGAUCCUACCAAUUUACAAUGUCAGCAACACCUACAAACCUAUAAUCAGUUGAUUGAGGGAAUAUAUAGUCCCUAUAUUUUGGAGCCUGGUUGUGUGACUAGUGGUGAUGGUGAUUCUUUUUCUUCGAUAGAAGCAUCGUCAUCAUCAUCACGAAGACAGUUUAUUCCAAUUUUGCCCUCGGGCCAGCACAAAAGGUAUUUGUUGGACAAGUACUACAAGCAAAAACGACGGCUCAAGAAUCCGGACUUGCUUCCAGGAUUGAAAUGUCGGGAAGAUUGGAACAUACAGAUUGAGUCUUGGGCCAACGAUGAUCGUUCCCGAGAGGCCCUUCAUGUCCGUAAGGGGACGAAGGGAAAAUGGGAACAUUGUACCUCAAACUUACCCUUCACAGGCCUCAUCCGAAAUGUCAUACCGUAUCAUGCGAGGCUGAGCAGAAUGGGUUACAGGUCUCUUGUCUAUAGCGGUGAUCAUGAUAUGCUCAUUCCAUAUUUGUCAACUCAUGCAUGGAUUAAGUCGUUAAAUUAUUCUGUGAUCGACGAUUGGAGGCCAUGGAUGGUGGAAGGACAAGUUGCAGGGUAUGUACACAACGAAAUAUGCCAAUCAAAUGACAUUUGCAACCGUCAAGGGCGGAGGUCAUACGGCACCGGAAUAUCGUCCUAAAGAAUGUUUGGAGAUGUUCAAAAGAUGGAUAUCUAAUAAACAUUUAUAAUGAUAAUUAGCAGCUCAUUGCACUGCACACAAACUAAAUAAGGUUUGAAACAUUGAUGUUCGACCACUAAGUUGCAGACAUUAUAUAAUGGGGUGUUUGCUGAUAUAUCAGGUAAAAGAGAAAUAUAUAAGAAGGGUGAAUUUUUUGUUCAUCACAAUGCCUAUUUAUAUUAUGGUAGUGCAUUUUUGCAAUGGCAUAAAAUUUCAACUUAUUUACUGAAAUGCCAGUGUUUUUC